CUCUUAUUGCAGCUCAAAUGAUCAGAUAUAUGAAAGAUGUUCAAGUCAGGAAUCAAACUGAAGUGACAGAGUUUAUCCUCUUAGGACUCUCGGAUAAUCCAGAUCUACAAAUUGUCCUCUUUGGAUUGUUUCUGUUAAUCUAUUUGGCAACUAUGGUGGGUAAUUUGGGGAUGAUUGUGUUAAUUAAGAUUGAUCCUCAUCUCCACACACCCAUGUACUUCUUUCUCAGCAGCCUUUCCUUUGUUGAUGCCUCUUACUCUUCUUCUGUUACUCCUAAGAUGCUGGUGAACCUGGUGGCUGAGAAUAAGGCCAUUUCUUUUAAUGGAUGUGCUGCCCAGUUCUACUUCUUUGGCUCCUUCCUGGGGACUGAAUGCUUCCUGUUGGCCAUGAUGGCCUAUGACCGCUAUGCAGCCAUUUGGAAUCCUCUGUUAUACCCAGUUCUCAUGUCUGGGAGAAUAUGCUUCUUGCUAGUAGCUACCUCAUUCCUAGCAGGCUUUGGGAAUGCAGCCAUACACACAGGAAUGACUUUCAGGUUGUCCUUCUGUGGCUCUAAUCAGAUCAAUCAUUUCUACUGUGACACCCCACCCCUGCUCAAACUCUCUUGCUCUGACACCCACAUCAAUGGCAUUGUGAUCAUGGCUUUCUCCAGUUUUAAUGUCAUCAGCUGUGUUAUGAUUGUCCUCAUUUCCUACCUGUGUAUCCUCAUUGCCAUCUUGGGAAUGCCCUCAUUAGAGGGUAGGCAUAAAGCCUUUUCUACUUGUGCCUCCCACCUCAUGGCUGUCACCAUAUUCUUUGGAACAAUUCUCUUCAUGUACUUGCGCCCAACAUCUAGCUACUCAAUGGAGCAGGACAAGAUUGUUUCUGUAUUUUAUACUGUAGUGAUCCCUAUGCUGAAUCCCCUCAUCUACAGUUUGAAAAAUAAGGAUGUAAAAGGGGCCCUAAAGAAAAUCUUAGAGAAACACACACUGUAAAGCCAU